GGUCCAGAGCGAGGUUUCGAUUCUAAUAAAGUAUUUUCACCUUUUCUGACAUUCAAAUGUCAUGUCAGUUUGCUAUUUAGUUACGUCCCACAUGUUUAAGUGUACUUCUGUUGGCUAGUCUCGUAAUUUCUAUAUGUUCUUGAAUGACGUAACUAUCAAUAAAUGUCCUUGGAUGAGUAGCUAGCUAACAGUGGGAGAAGAGGUUUCCAGCAGCUCGCGCUCAUUCAUUGAUUCAAAGUAAUCAUGGCAGAACAAAGCCUACUGGAAACUGAGGCGAUACAAUGUAACGUUAAUGCUAAAGACACCGGCUUCAAAAAACGUUUAGGACUGAUCGCAACUGGAAUUGUCGGGGGGUCAUUGGUUGCCCUUUACGCUGUUGCAGGUCCAUUUGUUGCACCUGCUUUGAGAAAGGUGUGCCUACCUUAUGUUCCCGCAACUACAGCACAGGUGGAAAAUGUCCUGAAAGUGCUGCAGGCGAGAUCUGGAUCCCUCGUGGACAUCGGAAGUGGGGAUGGAAGAAUAGUGAUAGCAGCUGCAAAGAAAGGAUUUCGAGCUGUUGGAUUUGAGUUGAAUCCAUGGUUGGUGUGGUACUCCCGUUACAGAGCUUGGAGAGCGGGUGUUCAUCAUUCUACUUCCUUCCACAUUUCAGAUUUAUGGAAGGUCAGCUUUAAUCAGUACUCGAAUGUUGUCAUAUUUGGAGUACCUCAGAUGAUGGAUAAGUUGGAGGGCAAACUGCAGACAGAACUACAGAGCACAGCUAAAGUGGUGGCCUGCCGUUUCCCUUUUCCCACCUGGGCACCCGAUGGCACCGCUGGAGAAGGAAUAGACACUGUGUGGGUAUACGAUGCAGAGUCGUUCAAAACAGGAAAGAGGAACACAUCAGGGACAUUUUGUAACUCCACAUCAGCCCCUGGGCAAUGAUGACACUACCAAUUGUGUUCAUCCCUGAAUGCCUCAGGGAUUUGUUGCUUUGAAAAUCAUUCCCAGGAUGUUAUCAAAUGUGUGAGAGUCAGUAAUAAAAAAUUGUGAUAAUUUAAGCAAA